AUGGGUAAACAAAGAAGAGCAGCUAUACUUCCAACCAACAUCAUAUUAUUACAAAAUGUGGUCAGGAGGGAUCCGGAAUCUUAUCACGAAGAGUUUCUACAACAAUUCUCGCAUUAUGAAUCUUUAAGAGACUUGUAUUUGGAAAACCCCACUGGAGCAGACUCCAACUCAACUACAGAGUUUAUUGAGCUCAUUGGGUUUCUAUCAGCUGUCUGCAACUGUUACCCUAAGGAAACAAAAAACUUCCCUGAGGAAUUGAAAACAAUCUUGUUGGACAACCAUCGUGACUUGGCUCCUGAAUUGAGAGAAAAGAUUAUACAAUGCCUAACAAUGUUGAGAAACAAGGGUAUAAUAACCGCAGAGAGUUUGAUUCAGACUACAUUUCCAUUAUUAACAGCAUAUGCAUCGGGACAAGUGCAGGCUGGCCAACAUGUGAAGCAAAUGAGGCGUCAGAUCUAUUCAACUUUAAUCUCGCUAUUGAAAUCGGUCAACACUGGAGCCAAGAACCAGCGACUAAAUAGAUCUACACAAGCUUUGCUUUUUAACUUGCUUGAACAAAAGGAUACACAAGGGUUGUGGGCUACCAAGUUAACGAGAGAGUUAUGGAGGAGAGGUAUUUGGGACGAUUCAAGAGCAGUUGAGAUCAUGACACAAGCCGCGUUGCACCCUGACGCUAAAGUUGCUAUUGCUGGUGUUCGGUUCUUUCUCGGUGCUGAUAAGGAAAGAGAAGAAAAUUUCGAAGAUUCUAGUGACGAAGAAGGGUUUGACAUGGGAGCAUUGAAGCAUAAGAUGGAGGUGAAUAAGAAAUCAUCCAAAAGAGGAAAAAAGUUGGAGCUGGCAGUAAAACAAAUGAAGAAGAAAAACAGUACCAAGCAUUCAGCCACUUAUUUAAACUUUUCAGCUAUUCAUCUUUUACGCGACCCUCAAGGAUUUGCCGAACAGCUAUUUGACAACCACUUGAGCUCGAAAAAUUCAAACAAGUUUGAUUUGGAUCAAAAAAUCUUAUUCAUGAACUUGGUUUCGAGGUUGAUUGGUACCCACAAGUUGAUUGUCUUGGGGAUCUACUCCUUCUUUUUGAAAUAUCUUACACCAAAGCAAAGAAAUGUCACCCAGAUUAUGGCAGCUUCAGCUCAAGCUUCGCAUGACUUGGUACCACCAGAAAACAUUGAAUUAGUGGUUCGCAAAAUUGCCGAUGAGUUCGUCAGUGAUGGUGUCGCUGCAGAAGUUGCUUCAGCGGGACUUAACACUAUUAGAGAAAUAUUGUCUCGUGCACCUUUGGCCAUAGAGGCUCCCUUAUUACAAGAUUUGACAGAGUACAAGGGGUCAAAAGCAAAAGCCGUUAUGAUGGCCGCAAGGUCCUUGAUAUCCUUGUACAGAGAAGUUGCGCCAGAAAUGUUGACCAAGAAGGACAGAGGUAAAGUUGCUAGCAUGGAAUUGCAAAGAGGUGAAAAGACCACGGCCAAACCGCAAUAUGGUGUGGAAAACAACGUCACAUCCAUACCUGGAUUGGAAUUGUUGGCCAAAUGGAAACAGGAACAAGGGCAAGCAAAUGUCGAUGAUGAAGAGGAAGACGGUAACUGGGAAGUUGACGGAGAUGAAGAAAAUGGAGAUGAUGUUGAUGGGGAGUGGAUCCUGGUUGAAUCUGAUAAGGAGAUUGAUAUUUCAGAUAGCGAGGAUGAGGCCAAGGAGAAAAAGGAGGUUGUUUCCGAUUUGGAGUUGUCAUCUGAUGAUGAGGAGGAGGAAGAUGUAGCACCAGACGGAGAUGACGAAAGGCCGACAAAGAAGGCCAAACUUGAAACUAACUCCUCCGAUGCAACCACCAACAACAUCAAUGAAAUUCUUUCUAGUCGAAUCCUUACACCAGCCGAUUUUGCCAAGUUGGAGGAGUUGAGGACUGAAGCAGGUGUUGCCAAGUUGAUGGGCAUCACUAAUGAAGAUGCAGUGGACUCUACCUCGUUAGUCGGUAAGGUGAAAUACAAGCAAUUGAGAGAGGAGAGAAUUGCCCAUGCAAAGGAAGGUAAAGAGGAACGUGGUAAAUUUGGAUCUAGAAAGGGUAAGCGUGAUGCACCACACUCGACCACAAACAAAGAAAAAGCCAGAAGAAAGAACUUUGUUAUGAUGAUUCAUAAGAAGUCGGUUCAAGGAAAGCAAAAACUAUCCCUUCGUGACAGACAAAAGGUAUUACGAGCCCACAUUGACAAACAAAAGAUGAAGAAAAAGUAA